AAAGAAACGACGACUCCACACGGAAGAGUCGUCCUCGCACCAAGGACGGGUUCGACCGACGAGCAAUGGCCGCGUAUGCAUUACACAAAGCGAUAUGGGAUGGCAACGUUGACCAAGUGGAAUCCAUCCUCCACACGACAUCGUUAUCACAGGACAAGUCAGAGCAGACGACGCUGCCUCUCCUGAACGAACGUGACGGCCGCGGGAACACUCCAUUGAUGCUCGCCCUGAGAUGCGCUCACGCAUCGCAACUUGCCAUCGUGCAGCUUUUGCUGGUUUGUCACGGCACAAUUCCACCACGAAUCUGAUGCGCAUGGCCACUUGCAGAAUUGCGGCGCGAACGUACACAUGCGAGACGCCAUGGGAUGGUCGUGCAUUCAAAACGCGACGCUGUGCGACGACGACGACGUACUCACUGCAGUUUUCCUGCAUGCUGAGAAGCAAACAUUCGAGCGGCUGCAAGCGCGGUCCAUGGUAUUGUACAGCAUCCUCCACGACAUUCCAGACUUUUACGUGGAAGUCAAGAUCGAAUUGACGUCGUGGGUGCCCCUCGUGUCGCGAGCGCUUCCGUCGGACACGCUCAGAAUCUGGAAGAAGGGGUCGAACAUUCGAUGCGAUUGUUCCAUCAAGGAUCUACACAACACGACGUGGAAACGCGGCCGGCUGUCCCAUCUUCUUCGGACGUUCCCAGAUCGACCAGGCCACGUCGUCAUGCUCGACCACGACGCAAAGACGGCACAGGACGUGUCCAAGUUCAUGGCGAACCCGUCGAAAGAGGACGUUGACACGAGCUUGGAGAUGCUCUACACGUGCAAAAUGUCGACCUAUGCCAUGGACAUUGCCAAGAUCACACUUACACCCAAGAAGCGAGUGUUCGGCUCGAAAGACGGAUCUGGCGCCGCGGGCAAGAAAUACGACAUGACCCAUGCCCACGUGAAACUUCGACUGCGCAGUGCGUCGCAGCCGCAUUGGACGCCCGACGGGGUCGCGGCGACGCAACGACCGACGAAACUCGCCAAAGCCAAGCAGUUUUUCGCCCAGCUCACGCCCACGCAGCCGGCCGCUUCCGACAAGUCGCGCUCUCCCAACACUUUCGUUGUCACGGUGGACGCGCCAGUAGAAAUGCACUUGCAAGUCCAACCAGGCGACAGACUGCACUGGCACGUCUCCAGCACCGUGCCGGCGGUCCAAUUUAAGGCAGAGCUGUGUGCCAACAACGCUGUCGUUCAAGUCACGGCAAAUCCGCUCGCCGUUGUCGACCACGGGCUUGUCGUGUUGACUUGGAUCAACCCGACCAAGAAGACGGCGGUCGUGACCCACCAAAUCGUGCACGAGCGCAUCCACGCUCCCGUCCUACACGACGAACACAACUAUGCCGGGAGCCCGCGGCGGUCGACGGCAACGGAUGAAAAGCCCACGUCGAAGCGCAUGCCCAACCCUCGGGUCCAAACUACACCGUUCCAUGAGUACUUUGCGUCCGACCCGGAGCUGCACCAGAGCUUCCGCGGCCUCACGUGCCCGCCCGACGAGCGGUCGAUCUCCAAGGAACUCAAGGGCACUGUCACCAUGUCGGAAACUUUCCCGUUCCAAGUGUCGGAUUUCUUGCCCGUCGCGCAGUUUUUGUCGAGCCGGGCGGAACAAUUCGACUCGCUGCGCGAGUUCUUCGAGAUGAAGCUCCCGCCGGGGUUCCCCGUCAAGUUUCACCUCCCCAUGCUGCUCAGCAUUCGGGCGUCGUACACGUUUGUGAACGCCGGGCCGUGCACUGUGGACGACAGCCACUUUGACAUUGCCGCCGAGUACAGUUAACACAACAUGUGGGCAGGAGUUGUCGUGAUUUCAACAUUACACGCAAUGGGACUCAAGGAUCGGUCGACUGGGCGAG